AUGGAGUUUGCAAUCGAGAAGGUGGUCUCAUGGUUCCCAACUGUGUUAGCUUGUCUCUGCUACUGCUAUUUCAUAUCUUCAAUAAUCCCAAAAGGUUUUUUCAGGCUAUUUUCUCUGCUCCCCAUAUUCUACUUGUUCAUAAUCCUUCCUCUGAAUAUCCCAUCCGUCAUCAUCACCGCAACUUCAACACUCUUCCUAAUAUCCCUUAUAAAUUCCAAUCCAGUCCCCCUCGGUUCCUCAUCCAAUUCCAUUGAAACAGAGCCUAAUAGAACUCCAGAUCAUUCAUCACAACCCCCCAAACCCGCAAAGAAAUUGCCAUUUCUGAGUUACAUAGGCCUGGAAUUAGUGUUAUUAGCUGUUUUAAUUGGCGUGGUACUUAGUUAUAGGGACAAAUAUCAUCCCAAAAUUCUAUUGGUACUCUAUUGUUGCUUGGUUCUUUUAUCAGUGGAUUGUAUUGGAGGUGCCUCAAAUUUCUUAUCCUAUGCAAUAAUCGGUCUAGAGCUGGAACUUCCAUCCAACAAGCCAUAUUUGUCGACCUCUCUACAAGAUUUCUGGGGCAAGAGAUGGAACCUCAGGGUAACAAAUGCGCUACGACGCACGAUAUACAAUCCCGUUCGGACAGUGUAUGCGGUUCUAUUGGGCAAGAGUUUGGCCCGACUUGUUGCUGUCUUGACUACUUUUCUUGUUUCUGGGUUAUUCCACGAGCUUUUCUUCUAUUACUUGACCCGUGCAAAGCCCACUUGGGAAAUGACUUCGUUUUUCGUUCUGCAUGGAUUUUGUGUGGCUUUGGAAGUGGCGGUCAAGAAAGGUUUGAAGAGGGAGUGGAGUUUAUCACGGUGGAUUUCGGGGCCGUUGACUAUUGGGUUUGUGAUGUUGACCAGCUUCUGGCUAUUCUUUCCGCCGUUGACCAGGAGUAGUGUUGAUACUGUCGUUCUUGAGGAGUUUAGAACUUUUGGUGAGUUGGUUCAUAAUUGA